AUGGGACUUGGAUCAAGAAUGGUAAUUAGACUCUUCAGCUCGAUGCUGUCAAGCUUCGAGACUUUGUCUCUUCUUAGAGGUCCGAGAUUGUUGGUAGAUGGAGGGGACGACGCAGCCACUAGCCCGCAAUUUCUCGGAAUCAUUGCGUCCGCCGCCCUCUUUCGCAGACCUCAAAGGGGAAAUCUGCAUAUAUAAGACAUUAUCCAUGGCCUAACAUCCAAGG